AUGUUUCAGGCCAUAUCCAGCCAGUGCAUCGGUCAUGCCCUUUAUAGAAAUGGAUUCCUCGGACCAUUUGGUGGUCGGGGCUACGAUGGGCUGUCGCUCUUCGGCAGGCGUGGUCUCGGCCAAGGAUGCGGCUGCGGCUACGGAGGCGUCCCAUCAUCUUUUGGCGGCGGUUUCACCGUUACCAGUUCCUCUCCUGUCGCCCCUACCGGACUCGUAGUAACUUCAGAGAACGCCAUUGAAGGAGCAGUCACCGUCAUUGGCAGUCUGCCGUUCUUGGGCGCUGUCUCGACCGAUGGAUCUUUUCCCACUUCUGGGACCGGUGCCAUUUCGAGCUGCUGCGGUGAUGGCACCGUUGGCAUUGUUUCAGAAAGCUUUAUCUCACCGAUCAUUGGCGAUUUUAUUGUUCCCUCGGUGACUCCAGUUGGUUUCACUUCCUUCCCGCGUGGCUUAUGGGGCGGCUUUAGGAAAGGCGGUUGCAGUUGUAGGGGUGUCUACUAA